CGGGCCACGCGCACGCCCCGUCCCAGAGCCACCACGCCCAGGGCCACGCCCAGGGCCACGCCCAGGGCCACGCUCACGCGCAGAGCCAGGGCGCCAACCAGGGCGGUCUCGAGGCCGUCAAGACACCGUCCACGCUCAACAAGCUGGUGACGCACGAGCGGCGGCUCAGCACCGUGGCCUCCAGGACCAUGGCUGCGAUGUCGCUGGGCUUCAUCGUGAUGGUGACCCCGUGGACCAUCCAGGAGGUGGUGGCGGCCUGCACCGGCUCCAAGCUGCCGCCGUUCCUGGACUUCUUCUUCACGUGGCUGGCGCUCAGCAACUCCUUCUGGAACCCGUUCCUGUAUUGGCUGCUCAACCGCCAGUUCCGCAGGAUCUGCAAGGACAUCUUCGACACAAAGGUCCUGUGCCGCAAACCGCCCUCCGUGGCCAAGGAGCCGCACUGCUGCUCCAGUCAGCAGAGCUUGGGUGGGGCCGGCCACCACAGCCACCACAGCCACCACAGCCACCACAGCCACCACAGCCACCACAGCCACCACAGCCACUUGAGUCUGCACCACAGCCUGCGGGACAGGGACCGCGACCGGGGCCAGGACCUGGACGUGCUUGACCGGGACUGGAGCCGGGACCGCAAGCGGGACCGCGACAACGUCCGCGACGACGACCUCCGCGACGACUCCAGCGACGAGAACGGCAGCGGCGCCAGACAUUAUAGAGAUGGUUCAAAUUUGGAAUGA